AUGGGGAGGCAGCCGAGGGCUGAACCGCACUCUACAGGGAUAAAACCAGCAUUUGGCAUGACACAUCCUUUGGUGCCUCAUGGGGAAAAUGCGGGACUGAUCUCCUUCUAUAUAAAGCCUCUUGAUCCCAACCUCGAGUUCUACGCUGAUCGUUGUAACGCACCAACACAUACUCCAUCUGUCAUGGCCACAGCUUAUUAUUUUUCUCUCAUCCAUUUUGUUUCUCUGUUUGUGGCACAAUCUUACGUGCCCAUCAGCGUAGUCGAUGCAGCAACUCUCAGAAACAUUACCUCUGAUCAACAUGCUCUGCUUGCCUUAAAAGCUCGCAUUUCUCAAUAUGAUCCUCAUAAUGUCUUGACAAACAAUUGGUCAACAAGUACCUCUGUAUGCAACUGGGUAGGUGUGAGGUGUGGUUCCAGGCAUCAUCGAAUCACAGCCUUAAACCUUUCCUAUAUGGCCCUUGAAGGUACAAUUCCUCCACAAAUGGGGAACCUUUCAUUUCUUGUUAGACUAAACAUCAGAAACAACAGCUUUCGUAGCUCAGUACCCAAAGAAUUGGCUUAUCUUCGCCGAUUGAAAAGCUUAGAUUUUGGAUUCAAUGAUUUCAGCGGAGAAUUCCCAUCAUGGCUCGGAUUGUUGUCAAAACUUCAAUAUUUGGCUCUACAUGGUAAUACUUUUACAGGUACUAUCCCACCAUCCCUAUCUAACAUAUCUUCAUUGCAGCGUCUUAGUUGUAGUCUUAACCAGCUUUCUGGCUCCAUACCUUCCUCCAUCUUCAACAUAUCUACCUUGCAAGAAAUUUAUCUCGGAGGGAACAAGCUUUCGGGCCCGAUGCCCUCAAUUUUCUUCGACCUCCCCUCACUGCAAAUCCUUGAUCUUGCUGCUAAUUAUGAGCUGUCUGGUGCACUACCAAUGGAUAUGUUUGAUCAUCUUCCCAACUUAAACAGUCUUUCUAUAAUUCGAAAUCAGUUUUCUGGAGAACUCCCAUCCACUUUGUUCAGGUGCACACAGCUAAAAGUUUUGUCGUUGUCGUUUAAUAAUUUCAGCGGAAGAGUACCCCAAGAGAUACGGAAUUUAACCAUGCUUGUAUAUCUAGAUCUUGACAACAACAAAUUUGAAGGAAGAGUACCCCCAGAACUAGGGAACUUAACCAUGCUUGCACAAUUAUAUCUUGGCUUCAACGACUUUAAAGGUGCAUUACCAAGAGAAAUUGGCAAUCUACAAAAUCUAGAGGUUUUCACUAUCACAAACAGUAGUAUUGCUGGCUCAAUUCCAUUUGGGAUAUUCAAUAUCUCAACCAUACAAUAUAUUGCAAUGGAAUUCAAUAACCUCUCAGGCCAUCUACCACCCAAUUUUGGCCUCUUCCUUCCCAAUCUUCGGGAGAUUUCUCUGGCAAACAAUGAAUUAACUGGAACAAUACCAAGUUCUAUCUCUAAUGCUUCACAGCUCACUCAUCUAGACUUGUCUUCGAACUCAUUUUCUGGUUUGAUUCCUAAAACACUAGGGAAUUUAAGGUUCCUUCAGCUUCUCCACCUAGGAAACAACAAUAUGACCUUAGAAUCUCCGGAUUUGUUCUCUUCUUUAUCGAAUUGCAUAUAUCUCACAGAGUUAAAUUUGUUCAAGAAUCCGCUUGAUAUCAUCCUUCCCAAUUCUGUUGGAAACCUCUCCCGCUCUCUGCAAAAUCUUUAUCUAUCUAAUUGCAGUAUUAAAGGUGGAAUUCCCAUAGAAACUGGUAAUUUAAGUAGCUUGUUCGUUUUAAGCCUUGCCUACAAUAAACUGGAAGAACCUAUUCCGAAUACAGUAGGAAGAUUACGCAUGCUGCAAGGUCUGUACCUUGAAGGUAAUAGACUAAAAGGCCCGAUCCCAUCUGAUCUCUGUCACUUGACCAAUUUGGUUGAUAUUGGUUUUGGCGGUAAUGAGCUUUCUGGACACAUUCCUGCAUGCAUAAAUAAUCUAACUUCGCUGAGAAAUCUGUAUCUAGGCUCCAACCAAUUAACUUAUAUAGUUCCUUUGAGCUUGUGGAGCCUUACAUAUCUCUUGGAAGUCGACCUGCAAUCAAAUUCUCUUAGUGGUUCUCUUUCAUUAGAGAUUGGAAAUAUGAAGACCCUGAAAUUAUUGUAUCUGUCAAGAAAUCAAUUCUCCGGUUUUAUCCCAGAAACCAUUGGUGGGCUACAAGAUCUUGCGAACCUAUCAUUGGCAGCCAAUCAACUAGAAGGCUCAAUUCCAGAAUCUUUUGGUAAAAUGGUAAGCUUAGAGUUCUUAGAUCUUUCUGAUAACAAGUUAUCUGGAGAGAUUCCUAAGUCCUUAGAAGCACUUCGAUAUCUCAAAUAUCUAAAUCUAUCUUUCAAUAAACUUCGAGGAGAAAUUCCUAAAGGAGGAUUGUUUGUAAACUUACCAGCUACGGCGUUUAUGUCAAACGAUGCACUUUGUGGUGAUACUCGGUUGCAAGUUCCACCAUGCAAAAACAAGGCCACAGGAGCACAUAUACUUAAAUAUGUAUUACCACCAAUUGGGUUAAUGAUUCUUAUCUUGUUUCUUGCAUUACUCUCAACAAGACAUAAGAAGAGGAAUGUCAGAUUGUCAGGUGGUCUAGAUCUAGAAAUAUCCCCACUAGCAACAAUGAGAAGAAUUUCGCAUCAAGAAAUUCUGCGAGCAACAGAAGGAUUUAACGUAAACAACUUACUUGGAGAAGGAAGCUUUGGAUCUGUUUACAAAGGAACACUCUUAGAUGGCACGAAUGUUGCAAUAAAAGUUCUAAAGUUGCAAGUAGAGGGGGCAUUCAAAAGUUUUGACGUAGAAUGUGAGGUAUUACGGAAUAUUCGUCACAGAAAUCUUAUCAAAAUCAUUAGUGCUUGUAGUAACAUGGACUUCAAAGCCCUUGUAAUGGAAUACAUGCCUAAUGCGAACCUUGAUGUAUGGUUGUACCAUGAAGGUCGCCAUUUGAAUAUGUUACAACGGCUAAAUAUAAUGAUUGAUGUGGCAACAGCACUAGAAUACCUUCAUUUGGGUUAUUCAACACCUAUUGUUCAUUGUGACUUAAAGCCCAGCAAUAUCUUAUUAGAUGAAGAUAUGGUUGGACAUGUUGCUGAUUUUGGUAUUGCCAAACUCUUAAGUGAUGGGAUUUCUCUGACGCAAACCAUGACUCUUGCUACCAUUGGGUAUAUGGCACCAGAGUACGGAUCUGAAGGUAUUGUUUCUGCAAGAGGCGACAUUUAUAGCUAUGGGAUUUUAUUGAUGGAAACUUUCACGAAAAAGAAGCCUACAGAUGAUAUAUUUACAGGUGAAGUGAGCUUGAAGCGUUUGGUAGAAGAAUCCUUAUUCCUUUCGAUAAUGGAAGUUGUUGAUAUCAAUUUAUUGGGAGACAAAAUUGAUUAUUCUGUUAUGGAGAAUUGUUUGUCCUCCAUUAUGGGAUUGGCUUUGAACUGUUGUGCAGAUUUACCUGAACAAAGGAUCGAUGUAAAAAAUGUUUCAAGUACACUACAGAAGAUCAAACGAAAGUUUCUACAGGAUAUUGGAAUUAGAGGCUAACGUUUAGAGUGUCAAGUUUGUUUAUAACCCUUUGAUGUACGAGGCUUUCCAAAUAAUAUACAAGUCUAGGGAGUCUCCUACAAGGACUUGUCUAUAACCUUUUCCUUCCAAAUAAUGAUUGCAUGUUGUGACGUUUGUAUCAAAUCAGUUUCAAAGCUAUGAAUCCAAGCAAAAUUAUUGAGAGUUGUAUCA